GUUCGCUAUCGAGUUCCCAAAGGGUAAUUCCGUAAAAUACCAUUCGGUUCUCUCUCCCCUGAAAAUCAGAACCCGAUCCGAAGAAGACCAGAGCUUGUAGCCGACGGAGAUGGGUGUGCCGGCGUUUUACCGGUGGCUCGCCGACCGAUAUCCCAAGUCCAUUAGCGACGUUGUGGAAGAGCAACCAACGGACGACGGUCGUGGCGGCGUAAUUCCGGUGGAUAUCACCAGACCUAACCCUAAUGGGUUCGAAUUCGAUAAUCUCUACUUGGAUAUGAACGGAAUCAUUCAUCCUUGUUUUCAUCCCGAGGGAAAGCCUGCACCUGCAACAUACGAUGAUGUAUUCAAAUCAAUAUUCGAGUACAUUGACCAUCUUUUCUCUUUAGUGCGUCCGAGGAAGCUUCUUUAUAUGGCUAUUGAUGGGGUUGCUCCUAGAGCCAAAAUGAAUCAACAGCGUUCUCGACGAUUCAGAGCUGCGAAAGACGCAGCUGAGGCUGAAGCCGAGGAAGAGAGGUUGAAGAGAGAAUUUGAUGUUGAGGGAAAAUUGUUGUCUGCUAAAGAAAAAACGGAAACCUCAGAUUCAAAUGUCAUUACUCCUGGAACCCCAUUUAUGGGUGUACUGUCAGUGGCUCUUCAGUAUUACAUUCAAACUAGGUUAAACCAUAACCCUGGCUGGCGGUAUACUAAGGUUAUUCUUUCUGAUUCAAAUGUUCCUGGCGAAGGAGAACACAAGAUAAUGUCAUAUAUCCGUCUCCAGCGUAAUCUUCCUGGCUUCGAUCCAAAUACUCGCCAUUGUCUUUAUGGUCUGGAUGCAGACUUGAUAAUGCUAGCCUUAGCUACACAUGAGGUUCACUUCUCAAUCUUAAGAGAGGUUGUUACUUUUCCUGGCCAACAGGAAAAAUGUUUUGCAUGUGGACAAGUUGGUCAUUUUGCCGCAGAUUGCCCUGGAAAAUCAGGCAAUGCUAAUGCGGCAGGUGACAUACCUGUAUACAAGAAGAAGUAUCAGUUCUUGAACGUCUGGGUGCUGCGAGAAUAUCUGCAAUAUGAACUGGCCAUUCCGGAUCCUCCCUUUGAAAUAAACUUUGAGAGGAUUAUCGAUGACUUUGUAUUCCUCUGCUUCUUUGUCGGCAAUGACUUUCUUCCUCAUAUGCCUACCUUGGAAAUUCGUGAGGGUGCUAUAAACUUACUGAUGCAUGUAUAUAGAAAGGAGUUUACUGCUAUGGGUGGUUAUCUUACUGAUUCCGGUGAGGUUUUGUUAGAUAGAGUAGAACAUUUCAUUCAAUCUGUUGCCAUUCAUGAAGACCAAAUUUUUCAGAAAAGAGCGAGAAUAAAACAGGCUAUGGAGAACAAUGAAGAACUGAAACAAAAAGCAAGAAGAGACCCUUCUGAGGAGCCAGAAGCACCGGUGGAAGACAAGAUUAAACUAGGAGAGCCAGGAUACAAGGAUAGAUAUUAUGCUGAAAAGUUUGGUGUGACCAAUCCAGAAGAAAUCCAGCAAAUCAAACAAGACUUGGUGCUGAAAUAUGUGGAAGGUUUAUGCUGGGUUUGCCGCUACUAUUAUCAGGGCGUUUGCUCUUGGCAAUGGUUUUAUCCAUACCAUUAUGCUCCAUUUGCUUCAGACCUUAAGAAUCUAUCCGAUUUGGAAAUCACAUUUUUCAUAGGAGAGCCCUUUAAACCUUUUGACCAGCUCAUGGGAACCCUACCGGCUGCAAGCUCAAAUGCGCUGCCGGAAGGAUACCGAAAGUUGAUGACUGAUCCUUCAUCACCGAUCCUCAAGUUUUACCCUGCUGAUUUUGAGAUUGACAUGAAUGGCAAGCGAUUUGCCUGGCAGGGUGUUGCCAAACUCCCUUUCAUUGAAGAGAAACUAUUGUUAUCUGCUACGAGGAAGCUCGAAGAAACUUUAACGGAGGAAGAACAGCUUCGCAAUAGUGUGAUGCUUGAUUUGUUAUACGUACAUCCUGCUCACCCGUUGGCCCAGCAGAUUCUGGAGUACUACCGGUUCUACCAUUGGUUGCCACCACACGAAAGACUUCCGUGGGUGAUUGACACAAAUGCUAGCCAAGGGAUGAAUGGGUUUCUCUGGUUAUCUGAAAGGAAUGGUUUUCAAACUAAAGUGGAUUCCCCUGUCAACAGUUUGCCAUGCCUCGAGCAUAACCGAGCAGUAAGUGUUACGUAUCUGAAUCCAGCGAAACAUAGUCAUAUCCCGCAACCACCUAGAGGGGCGAUCAUUCCAGACAAGAUCUUGACGAUUGGAGAUAUUAAGCCAUUUCCCAUAUUAUGGCACGAAGACAAUAGUAGUCGCCGCCAACAGUCCCGAGAUAGGCCACAAGUGGCUGGUGCUAUAGCAGGUCAAAUGUUGGGAGAAGCGGCACACCGUCUCAUCAAGAACACCCUUAACAUCAAAUCGUCAAGUGGUUCAGCUUCAGGAUUACUAGAUCCAUACCCAUACUACCGAAAUGGACCUGGUAAUAGUUACUUUACAGGUGGUAGACCGAGACCAGCUGGCCCCUCUAACUACAGAAGGGGAAACGACGAUGAGUCAAGCCAUUACUAUUACGGGCAGUAUAACAAUGGUCCUGGGGUGUUCAGCGGUGGUCCAAGAAAUCCCAGUUCCUCAAAUGGGUCACUCGGCUUUAACAGGAAUAACUUCAGACCACGAGAACAACAGCCGCAACAGCAAAACCGUGGCAUCAGAGCCGGAAUGUACCAUCUGUCAAUAGAAGACAAUGUCAGAAGUAGACAACCACCCGAUAAUCACCCGAACAGGACACAACACGACAACUAUUCAAAAGGUGAGAGUGUCCAUCAUGUCAACCCAUUGCCUUCGCCUCCUACGAAAUGGAUCAACAGGCCAGGGGGAGCUGGGAACAUGGAUGGUGUUUACUAUCUGCAAGGAGUUGCAUCAGGCGAAACAAAUGGGAAAACCGGCAAGAAAAUGGUUUAUCAGGCCAAGGCACAACAGACGCAGAUGGGAACAACGAGCGAAUGAAUGAACAGGCCAAUACCGUCUAGAUUUGAUUUCGAAAACUUGUGGGGUGACCGAUGUUGUGUCCUUCAGAGACUUACCCUCCAACUGUGGCAGAAACAGAAAUAUCUCCCAGAGUGUUGCGGCUUCGGUUUCUCGAGAAUUUAUAGAGAGAAGAAGCAAAGCUGGUGAUGAGACUUGUAGUUUGAGUUCAGACACAUUGUGUAUACCAUCGAGUCAUACAUUUGAAGUUUCUUUCUCUGUUAUAGUUUUAUGUACUGUUGUGUCUUUCUGUUUUUUUUAA